CCUACUGCUGCAGCCAGAGAUCCGUACUCUCAAGACAGACCCGAGCAGCAGAGGACAGGGAGACGAGACACUCGGAGCAAGGGAAAGGUGGUAAGGAAAACCUGGGAUAUUUUUUACAUUGACUUCCUAGACGUGGAAACGAGGCGAGGUUCUGUUUGUUGGCGCUAACGAAGUAGAAGGUAAUUAGUAAAAAAGCAAUCCACAUUGUUUUGUAUUGGCUCCAGUGUUUUUUCAAGCAAGACACAUUUAUGUGAGGAGCUAGCGGAAUGUGUUGCUAGCAGGCUAGCUAACGUGAGCUGGCUAAUUAGCUUUUCAGCCAUCCCAAGAUUUGGGGGGUUUGUGUUUUUCGCUGAGAUAUACCUCCGUUAGAAAAAAAGGAAAAAACACAGGAAAAUGUCCACCGAGUUACUGGGUCCUGCUUAGACGUCCGACCCAGCCAAGAUGUCAUACUAUAGGGCGCACACUCAUAUCUAAGUAAUUUAGAGCUUAAUGAGCAUCUUCAACACCCGCACCACAUCAUAGGAACACCGGGCUCUAUUGUUGCUGUCGAGCCGGGAUACCUUCCAGUCCGAACGGAUAAAAAAACAAGACUUUCUGGUGGAGAGACUGUCUGCCCCUCCGAUGUUAAUGUCGACCGACGUUGCAUCUAUCAUACUGCCCGCUACCCGGGGGAUAAUGGACCUGGAAAGGGACAUUGACACCACAACCGGGCCGCAUGCGAUCGCGCCUGGGGGGCCGGCGACAGUGCGGGGGAUGAAGAGAGGAGACCCCGAACCCGACGCCCAGCCAACCGCAGUUCUGGUGGACCUCGCCGCGGCGGACUGCAAACGACCGCGGAUAGACGGGACUGGGGUCGCUGACGUUGGCCAGAACAACGAGCCUUUGAACCCUGGUCUCCAUGGUUACCCUGCUCAGAAUCAGGACUCCGCGGCGGCAGAGAGCUUGGUCGCCGCUGCACCCUUUUUGGCGUUCCCCCCUCCGGCCCCCCCGCAGAACGGCGUGGCGGGGCCCGAGUUCGGCUCCGGGGCGAUGUUUGUCGCCGGGGGACCGGCCGAGGCAGGAGGCCCGGUCCCGGGUGGCGCACCCAUCGCCGCCGGGACCCUCUGCAUCAACAACAACGUGAAGCCAGAAGAGGCGUCCCAGCUGGAGCAGCCGGGGGCCCCGUGCGAGGACGUGGGAGCCGGGGCGCUGGCCCUGGUGGCGGUGUCCGACGGGGACUCCGAGCCCAAGGGGACCCCCAAGCGCCUGCACGUCUCCAACAUCCCCUUCCGCUUCCGGGACCCCGACCUGCGGCAGAUGUUUGGGCAAUACGGGAAGAUCCUGGACGUGGAGAUCAUCUUCAACGAGAGAGGAUCCAAGGGCUUCGGCUUUGUGACGUUUGAGACGGGCGCGGACGCAGAGAAGGCCCGGGAGCGGCUCCACGGUACCCUGGUGGAGGGGCGCAAGGUCGAGGUGAACAACGCCACGGCCAGGGUGAUGACCAACAAGAAAACCGUCUCCCCGUACCCUAACGGAGAGGCGCUCAGCACCUUGCCUUAUGCGGCUGCAGCUGCUGCGGGUUGGAAGCUGAGUCCUAUGAUGGGGGCGAUGUACGGACCGGAGAUCUACGCAGUUCCCGGCAUGUCGUACUCGUCGGCGGCGGUCGCGGCCUCCACCGCCGCCGCCUUCCGGGGGGCGCUGAGGGGGCGGCCCCGCCCCGUCUACAGCGCCGUGCGGGCCGCCAUGCCCCAGCCCGCCAUGCCCACCUACCCUGGUGGCCUGGUCUAUCAGGAUGGUAAUUUCUACGGCGCAGCUGAAUUAUACGGAGGCUAUCCGGCCGCCGCAGCAGCCGCCGCCGCCGCGUACCGCUACGCUCAGCCGACUGCGGUUGCCGGGGCAACGCCGGCGGCCUACAGUGACAGUUACGGCCGGGUGUACACGACGGACCCCUACCACGCACUCGGCCCCGCCGCCGCCGCCGCGUACGGAGUGGGAGCCAUGGCCAGCUUAUACCGGGCAGGAUACAGCCGCUUCGCUCCGUACUAAAGCCCCCACAACCCCACCCAUCCAUCCAACCACCCCACCC